CACAUGGUUAGCUCGAUUCUUCAAGGCGCCCGUCCGGAUGCAGGAACCUGAUUGCAUGUUGUCCAGUUAACCACAUCUGCGCAUCCUUGCUGCCUGGUCACAAAAAUGAGGCUUUGCUCAAUACACAUUUGGUCGAAGUGAUGCCCAAGCUGCCCAAUGCCCGAGGCGAUGCACGAGCCUCCCCGUUUUUGCGCCGAGGGGCCCUGCCCAAGCAACUUGUCAGAGCUGCGGAGUGUGAUCCUGCGAUACCUCUGCGGCUCUCCGGCGCAAAGCUAUCCGGUGGACGCAGCUCACCUCAGUUCGGCUCUGCGCCGUGCCUACAGGAGCCUGGGACACGAGAAGGCAGCGCUAUCGGUCUUCAGGGAGUCCAACGCCGCCACCGCGAUCCGGGAGCUGCAGAAGGACCUGCUGGUGGCGAGGUGUGAAGGUGCGCUGUCGAUCAAGGACAGCUGUGGCGAGGUCUCGAUUCUGAGUGCAGAUCGGCGAAGGAUCUACUCAGCACUCGCUCCCAGCGUCAAUGGCGGGCACAAUCGCAGCGGUGACGCAGGCCAGACGCCAGAGAGCCGUACUGAGGCUCGGAAGCGGCUCUUGGCAGAGGCGGAAGAGGAGUUCAGGGCUUUGCUGGAAGAGCCUGCCAAGAAGGAGGAGGAGGCCGACCAUCCUUGGAGACCUCCUUCCAGUCCAAAAGUACCUGGCUCAGUCGACCAUCCUUGGAAGCCUCCUUCCAGUGCGAAAGCCGACCAUCCUUGGAGACCUCCUUCCAGUCCAAAAGCCGACCAGCCUUGGCGGCCUCCACCGCACCCCGCGGCACAAGUGGCGCCACGGACGCCGCCGCAGCCGGCCGCGCCACACACACCGCCGGACGCGGCGCCUGUGCGGCUCCCUCGCCGGGAGGCCAGUCGAUCCAGAUCAGGCGUAGCAUCAUUGUCAUUGGUGAUUCCAGGGCGCCGGCGCCGGCGCCGCGAUGAAGGCGAACGCCGCUCACGGUCCCGGCGGAGAGACAGGGAGAGUCGGAAUGAGAAGGUGGCAGCUCCGUCAGGGCCGCCACCUGGCGCCUUUGAGGUCCCCGCAUCUGCACCAAGUCCUCGACUUGCGCCGCAGAUUUCCCCGAGGCCGCAGCCUGCAGAGCCUGACCUGCUGGGAGCGCUUGCUCAAGCCGUGUCCAGAGCUGUGGGUGUGACUCCGAGCCAGCCACCAUCGUACCAGGCGCAGGCCUAUCCAGCGCUGAUGCACGGCAUGGCGCCGGGCCAUCACGUGCACCCGCAUGGGCAUCACGGGUACCCGCAGCCCAUGGCCUACCCGUACGGGCAUUUGCCUCAGGCUCCUGCAAUGCACAUGAUGGGGCAUCCACCCCCGCAUCACAUGCCGCAGGCGCACUAUCCAGCUUACGCACCGCAUCCGCACUUCCCCGGGUACUACAUGCCCGUGUAUCCUGGUAUGCCCGGCCAUCCUCCUCCGCGGGAUCGUCGCGAUGAGAGCGAUGAGGAUCGAAGGAAGAAAGAGCGGGAGGAACCCCCACCUCCGGCCAAGUUCGACGAUGAUCACUGGGAGGAGCCGCGGGAACGGACUCAGAUGAAACUACUGGGGGAGGAGUGCCCCGAGGAGUUUCGGCGGCUUUGGACCUACCCCCUCUCCGACGAGAAUCGUCGGAGCUUCGCCGGGUACGUGCAGCGGGCGUUGGACAAAGACCACUGCAGAAGCUUCUUCGCAAAGAUUCGGGAUUCUUGUGACUGGAAGCAGCCUGAGGGAAUCCACGGUCAGAUCCCGCGGAAGACCUGCUGGCUGGUAAAGGGAGGCUGCCGGUGCAAGUACAGAUACGGGGGCCUGGAAGUGGAGGCGCAAGAGUUUCCGAAAUGGAUGCAUGAGCUCAUGGAGAUUGUCCUCAAGCCCUGCGGGAUUUCACCCAAAGAUUGGCCGAAUUCCUGCAACCUCAACCUCUAUGAGGACGGCGGCAUGACCGUGGGUUGGCAUUCUGACGACGAGCGGCUCUUCCAGGGCAAGUUCCGGGACUGCAGGAUAAUCUCUCUGUCCCUCGGGGCAACCCGCAAGUUCGAGCUGCGACGGAACUGGCCGGAGGAUAGAGAGACGCAGUUGCAGAGGGUGACCUUGAGCAGUGGCGACCUGCUCACCAUGGAGGGCAUGGUCCAGAAGCACUUCCAACACCGGGUGCCUCGAGAGAACGUCAAGGAGCCGCGCAUCAACCUGACCUGGCGCUGGGUAAAAAGGCAUGUUCCUGACUGCCCCGCUGGGCGGAAGAUGACACACGCGUCUCGGUGACGAUUGAAGUGAAGUGUUA